AUGUUAAUUACUGAUUUAUAUGAAUGUGUUGUUUGUUGCGAAACAGAAAAUAGAGAUUAUCGUAAAAUUACAUCAAAAUGUACUCAUAAAGCUGUCGUUUGCCUAAAUUGUGUUAAUAAACACGUCACUACUAGCAUUAAAGGUAAUAAAGUUGAAAUUACUUGCCCUAUUACACAAUGUGGUAAAUUAAUGGAAAGAGAAGAUAUCAAAAAUAUUGUAACAAAUGAAAUCCUUGAAAGAUACGAUAAACUUUCUUUCAAUCUUGCGAUCCAACAGAUCCCGGAAUUUAGAUGGUGUGCCAAUUGUGGGAGUGGACAAGUUCAUACAGGAAAAGGUAUUCAUCCAGUCGUCAUUUGUGUAUAUUGUGGCAAGAAAUCAUGCUAUAAUCACAGAACUAUUUGGCACGAGAAUCAAACUUGUGAAGAAAUUGAUGAGAAAGGUCAAUAUGAAGACAAAACAGACAUUGCUACCAAAUAUUACCUUAAUAACUUAAAGAGUUGUCCUAAUUGUAAGAUUCACUUCGAAAAAGUUAGUGGAUGUGAUCAAGUAACUUGUAUAUGUUUAUAUAAAUUUUGUUAUUUGUAA